AUGACUUUCCUAUUUAAGCAAACGCUUCCUCAACAAACAAACAAAGGAACGAAUCCACUUCUCUCUCUCAAUCAUUCACGUAACAAACAAAGUCCAGAACCUUCCCUUAAUUUAGUCAGUAAGUUAUACCGGAUCCGCCGUCUUCGUCAAUCUCAUUCACGUUCUCUCCACGCUUCUAUAGAUACGCCGGAAAGUUCACCGAGUCCGUCACCGGAAGCCGGCGGAGAUGUAGUUUCUCCACCGCCAACCGCUGCGGCUCCUGAAAGUCCAGCACCGUCACCUUUAGCAAAUGUGAUCAGUUCUCCUCCAUCGCCUCCGCCUGCAGAUCGCUCUCCUGAUUCUGCUCCGGCGCCAUCCCCCGGCGAAGCCGACGACGAUGCUACGUCGAAUGACUCUCCGUCUCCUUCUCCUGCUCCGGCGCCGAGUGACGUAGUUGCGAGUGAUAUAAGCCACGAGAGUAUUACGGAGGCGAAUGAGUCGUCGUCAAUGAACGGUGGGAAGAAGGCUGGAGUAGCAUUCGGAGUGAUCGCAGCGGCGUGUGUUGUAGGGCUCGGUGCAUUGGUUUACAAGAAGCGUAGGCAGAAUGUCCGACGAGCACAGUUCGGUUACGCUGCCAGGAGAUCAGACUUUCUUUGAGUAAUUGCAUGCUUCAUACAUCACUUUGCUAUACGUAAUAUUGUGUUUAUAUUCAUGAAUAGAUUUGUAGCAGUCGGGAGUUUGGAGGAGAAUUUCAUUAGCAUUACUACUAUAAUUGUUUGAUUCUUUAUUCACUGAAUAACAGUCCUUUCUGAGUUUAUUUUUUAGAAAUUUUGAUUCUCCAUUAUUGGUUAUCGAAUAAUUGUUUUUCA